CGGUCUGGCCCGAGUCACAUCGACGGUCCUCAUCUGCCGAACUUGGGAGCAUCGCCAAUACUCCCACCCUCAGACUGCAACAUCCAUCCACCACUUCACGCUCAGGACAAGACGGACACCAUGGGCAGACUCUCCAGGGCUUUGACCAAGCUGGAACUCCCUGCCGAUCAGCAGAUCAACAAAUGGAUCAAUGACGACCUCAGGCCUGUGCCUCCAGAGCGGCAGACAUGGGAUGCACUGCAAUAUGCCCAGCUAUGGUUCCUGGUCAACAUGAACAUCAGCACGUACCAGACCGGAUCGUCCAUGCUGGCCGCGGGACUUUCCUGGUGGCAGGCGCUCAUUGCCAUCCUUGUCGGCAACUUCCUCGCAAGCGGUUUUGCUGUGCUCAACUCCUUCUCGGGGGCUACCAGCCAUCUUGGCUACCCCAUAGUCUCCCGUAGUGUAUGGGGCAUGUACGGCGCCUACUUCCCUGUCCUCAACCGUAUCCUCCUCUCAGUUGUGUGGUACGGCGUCCAGGCCGUCAUUGGUGGCAAGAUGGUGUGGAUAUGCCUUCGCGCCAUCUGGCUCGACAUUGACGCGCGAAUCCCAAACACGCUUCCGGACAACAUUGGCAUCACAUCCUCCCAGUUUGUGGGGUACUUUAUCUUCAAUGUCUUCUGCUGUGUCUUCAUAUGGUUCAAGCCCACUCAGCUGCGCCCUUACUUUCAUGGGGCUUCAGUCAUUGUCGUCGUUGCCCUCUUCGCUCUGCUUGGAUGGGCCAUCGCAACAAGCCGGGGCUUCGGGUCCGUCAUCGGCGGAGAGUCGGUGCUCUCAGGAUCGAAGCUGGGCUGGACCCUCUGCAACUCAAUCAUGGCAGUCAUUGGGAGCAUUUCGGCCGGAAUCUUGAACCAGAACGACUAUACCCGCUUCGCACGAAAGACUAGCCAGGCCACCUGGCCUCAGUUCAUCUCGUUCAACUUGAGUGCCUCGACCAUUGGCACCAUUGGCAUCUUCAUCACUGCUGCCACCCAAGAGCAGUACGGUAAUGGACAAGCCCUAUGGGACUUGAGCUCGCUCUUCGCCGCCAUGCAGGACCAGGGCGGGUCGGGCGCACGAGCAGCCACGUUCUUCCUGGCAGUGGUGUUCAUGCUCUCCCAACUAUCCAUCAACGUUCCCGGAAACGUCCUCGCUGGGGGUCUCGACGUCGCAAGUGUGCUCCCCAAGUACAUCAAUCUUCGUCGCGGAGCAUACAUCCUCGCAGCUCUCAGCGUCCUGCCCAACCCAUGGCAGCAGCUGGCUUCAGGGUCCACAUUCUUGUCGGUUCUCUCCGCCUAUGCCGUGUUUCUGGGCCCGAUGAUCGGCCUGCUUUGCACACAUUUCUACCUGAUUCAGCAUCGCCGCUUCCACGUACCGGACCUCUAUGAUGGUGUCAAGGAGUCCAUUUACUGGUACAACUAUGGCGUCAACUGGCGGACCGUCGUCGCCUGGGUCUGUGCUGUGUUCCCCAGCAUGCCCGGAUUUGUGAGCUCUGUGAACCCGUCGCUGAAGGUCAGCGAGGGAUGGUCACAUGUUUUCAGCCUUAGUUUCGUCUUGGGCUUUUUCUUAGCUGCCGUACUGUCGUACGGCCUUCAUUUAUUGUUCCCGGUUCGCUAUGACGGCACGACCGUUCUCGAAGGUCUUGCGUCGGAUACAAACAGCGGCAGGUUCGAGGAAAGACAUGUGGAUGACAAGGGGGCGGACGUGACGAUGACCAAGGCCGCGGAGUCAGUCUGA